GAGAUAAUCCAAUCACUGUCGCUCUGGUUUGUAAAUUUGCCCAAGAUCUGCCCAGAACCAGACUCUCAGUGUCCCCAAGGAUGGGGGCCACUGUGCACCCUGCUCUCCUCCUGCUGCUUGCAGACCCUGUGUUCUGGGCUCCAACCCGCGCAGGCUCACACUCGCUGCUGUAUUUCUACACCACCGUGUCCCGGCCCGGCCUCGGGGAUCCCCGGUUCAUUUUCGUGGGCUACGUGGACGACACGCAGUUCGUGCGCUUCGACAGCGACGCGGAGACGCCCAGAGUGGAGCCCUGUGUAGGGUGGAUGGAACAGGAGAGGCCUGAGUAUUGGGAGCUGCAGACCCAGAUGGCCUGGACUCAAGCAAAGCUGUCCGGUGGGAGCCUGAUGACCCUGCUUCGCUAUUUCAACCAGAGCAAGGACGACUCUCACACGCUGCAGGGGAUGCGUGGUUGCGACGUGGGGGCAGAUGGACGCCUGCUCCACGGGUACAACCAGCUGGGCUAUGAUGGAGAAGAUUACCUCACCCUGAACGAGGACUUGAGCUCCUGGACAGCGACCUUAGGUCAGAUCUCUCAGGGCAAGUUAGGAGACCACUUGAAGGACAGCUGCGUGGAGACGCUGCACAAACACCUGGAAAAAGGGAAGGAAGUGCUGCUGCGCUCAGACCCCCCAAAGGCACAUGUGACCCAUCAUCCUGGAUAUAAAGGUGAUGUCACCCUGAGGUGCUGGGCUCUGGGCUUCUAUCCUGCUGAGAUUUCCCUGACCUGGCAGUUGGAUGGGGAGGACCUGAUCCAGGAAAUGGAGUUUGUGGAAACCAGACCAGCAGGGGAUGGAAACUUCCAGAAGUGGGCAGCCGUGGUGGUGCCUUCUGGGGAGGAACAGAAAUACACAUGCCAUGUGCACCAUGAGGGGCUGCCUGAGCCCCUCACCCUGAGAUGGGAGCCUCCUUGGAACAAGAAAUAUUGGUUUCUCCUCCUUAUCCUCAUCCUCAUCACAGUUUGGGUGCUUUGCAUAUGUAAGAAGAAGGAUGCAGGUGGGAGAGGAAGGAGCCACACUCAGGAAGAAGGCAGGAACAGUGGCCAGGACUCUGGUGAGACGGCCGUGGAUGAUGAGGAGAUGGUCAUUCUCUCUGGGGAGCCUGAGCCCUCUCGGAAUCGUCCAGACCACUCCUUCAGACUGAGUGAUCUGUCAUUCUGAAAAGGGUUUCUCCAUGAUUCAGUCCUGGCUGCCCUGUAACUCACUCUGUAGCCCAGGAUGGCCUCGAACCCACAGAGAUCCACCUGCCUCUGCCUGCCAAGUGCUGGGAUUAAAGGCAUGUGCCACCACCAUACAGCUCAGAAUGGAAUCUUCUGUUUUGUAUAUCACCAGACAUCUUCACAGUCAACUUGACUGGACUUAGAAUCACCUAGAAGCCGCCCCUCUGGAUGUGUCUGUGAGGGUGUUUCUAGCCAGGUUUAACCCAGGAGGAAGAAACAGGUUGACUGUAAGGUAGCUUCACUCACAGCUGGAGUCUGAAGAGAAAGCCAGCAGGACACUGGAGUCCCCCUUCCUGUGUUUCCUAACAGGACAUGAGCAGGCCAUCUCCUGCCACCAUGAACAGAGACAGGUCCCACUUUUCUGUCUUGAACAUCUGACACCUGUCUCUUCCCUAAGUGGCUUCUCAUCAGGUAUUUUUUGUCGCAGGGCACAGGGUUAGACACAAAGCUCCUUCCCCACAUCCAAGGCUUCCUGAGCAUCACUCCCUAAUCUUUUAGAGACUUUCACUCAGGCCAAACUGGGAUCUAUGGCUUUGGUGCGGAAAAGGAUUAUGGACUACUAGAGCUGGUGUUUAAUAAACAUGUUUCUAUUUGUUUUUAAUUUUAA